ACAACCAUAUUGGUAUAGCAGACGUUGAUCGAACAACCAACAAACGGCUGGACAAUAACAACAACAAACAACCAACAAACGACUGGGACAACAACAACAACAACAACCAACCAACACACGAUUGGACAAUUCUUUUCAAUUCAAUUUAAUUUAUUGCCCUAUACCAAAUAGAGACCAAAAGAAAAGAAAAGAAAAAAGAAGAAGAGAGAGAAAAAAAAAGGAAGAAAGAAGGACGAUGACGCUGCCGAUGCUUCAAAACGACCACAAACGUGAUAUCGUGGUCUACUCUUGCGUCCUCUACUUCGGAGUCAUCGCCAACAUCGUCGUGCUGUACUCGCUGUGGAGAACAUGGCGCCAGGGGUCACGUGGCCAAUACUUUUUCCUGCACCUGAGCAUCUCCAACUUGCUGGCCCUGUGUCUGUAUCUCGGUACCCGGAUUGCCGUCACCGCCACGGUCAUGUGGGUUGCCGGGAUCGCCGCCUGUAAAGUCGUCAUGUUCUUUUCGUUGCUAGGCGUGUUGCUGGUCAACUACACGGUGGUCGCGUUCAGCGUGGACAACGCAAUCGGGAUAGUGACGAAAUCCGACGGUAAAACACGAAGACACGUCCUGCAGGUUCUGGCGUGGAUCUUUGCGAUUGCUAUUUGUAGUACUCAGCCCUAUUUCUACAAUGUCCUUACAUUUUGGUUUGAUCCAGACUAUUCAUACUGCGUCGCUAUGCUCCCCCAUGCAGCGGAGGAAGCGUAUCACUGGAGCAUGAUAGCCGGACUCUACCUGUUUCCAAUCGUGACAAUUGUAGUGGCCAACGCAGUCGCUGUUGUCAUGUGGGCAGCAAACAGAAGCCCGCCAUUAGCAGAGAAACCCAAUGCGUCAGCAAUAAUAACCGACAUACGAACAUGGACUUUAGAACUCUUCAUUACCAUUGCGCUAGGACUGGUAGUUUUUAUUUGUUGGACACCUGUUGCUGUAUUCCGUAUGGUUCGUUCUGAAGACAGAUAUCAGAAUGUCAGAAACACUUUGUUUUUCGCGCUCGACGUCUUUAGUUUGAUGACCUACUGCUUUAUUCCAGCUGUUUAUGGUGUCUACAGGGCAAUCACUAAGACACGAGCUGAAAGUACGCACGGCUUGGAACCAAAACCCACAUCUCGUGAUUGAGAUUAUGACGAAACCAAACCCAUGUGACGUGAUUGACAUUAUGACGGAACCAAAGCCCACGUCACAUGAUUGAGAUUAUGACUGAGCCGACUUAUUAUUAUUUUUUAUUUUUUUUAAAUAAUCGUCACUGACAAUAUGAAAUAUAUAAUAAAAUAUUAAAUCAG